AGGAAAUUGUGUAAUUUUGUUAUUUUUUACGCAAAAAAUGAUGGCUAAAAACGGAAAUGGUGUAUUCCUAAGCCUCAAGGAGUAUUUCAGAUAUUUAGGAUCCAUUCCUACUAGCAGGAAUUUAGUAGAAGGAGAAGCAGUACUGAAUGCCGGUCACAUUAUGAUGUGUGGAAAUUUGGGAAAGAGCAGCAGAGUAAUAGAAAUUUUUGGUUUGUGUUCGCAAACAUCGGCCCUCUCUUCAGAUCCUCAUGAAAUUGAGGGAAAAAUUAUAAUCGAUGACGGAUCUGCCAUAAUAUCUGCAUUUACCUGCUCUUGUAAGGCCGGUUUAGGAGGGAGCACAGACCUGAAAUGCUGGUGGAAAAAGAAAAAAAGUGAAAAAAAAUCAAAAUAUCGAGCUUUUCCACUUCUAGAAACCAAUUGCUUGAAAGACAAAGCGUCCCCUGUGCAUAAAUUGUCAUCACAGGAUGAAGAUGAUAUUAGGAAAUUUGCUAUAAAUAAGAUGCCUUCAUGCAGCAUUGCAUCUCAUAAAAUGAAGAAUUUAAAUAAGGCACCCUAUAAGAUGUUCAUCCCAGAAAAAUGUAAACUAGUUAUUAGAAAUGCAGAAAAUUCAGAUUUUCUGAAGAAUUUCUAUAAAUUUGGCCCACAAAUGAAUUUCAAAUGCCCUCAGUGCAUUGUCACAUACAACGAAUUGGCAAUGUUUGAUUCCCUAAAUGUAUGUAUCAUGACUGAAACUAAUAAGGCUCUCUGGGAGCAAGAAAGAAAAUUUCGGGUCACUGGUUCUCGAUGCUAUGACCUGUAUACAUAUUCGAAAAAUGAUUGGGAAGAGAAAUGUAGAUCAUAUUUCUAUCCCAAGCAAUUUUCGAGUGUUUAUACCAGGCAUGGUAUGAAAUACGAACCAUUGGCUCGAGAUAUUUUCGAGAAAACAACGGGAUUGUCAGUACUGAAGAUGGGCCUGAUAAUAUGCAGAAGCGAACCUUGGCUGGCAUAUUCUGCUGAUGGAAUUAUAUUCAAAAAUGAUGAACCUUAUGGUCUCUUAGAGAUAAAAUGUCCAUAUAAGGCAAAGAACACUUCUGAUGUGGCGCAAUGCUGCAGAUAUAUUCUUGAGGAAAAUGGUGUGCACGUUUUGAAAAAGAGACAUAAAUAUUUUGCACAGGUGUUCUGCGAUAUUUUAGAUGAUGAUGAUGAUGUUAUUGGCUGGAAGACCUAG